CUUUGGUGAAUAACAUGUCUGAAGCAUUUAACUCUAUCUUUGUAACUGCAAGAGCCAAGCCCAUUGUGACUAUGCUUGAAGAGAUUAGGGUGUACCUGAUGAUGAGAUGGGAGUCUAACAGGAAAAGGAUUGCAAAAUAUAAUGAUACUGUUCUGCCCAAUAUCGGAAAGCAGUUGGCAAAACAAUCUCAGCUGACUAACUAUUGGAUGGUUAGGCGUGCAGGUGAGGUAGAAUAUGAGGUUAGGCACAUAACAAUCAUAGAAGAAAAGUAUUCUGUUAAUCUGUCAAAGCAUGAAUGUUCAUGUAGAAUAUGGAUGCUGACUGGGCUACCAUGCUGUCAUGCAUAUGCAUGUUUGAAGGAUCAAUGAUUAGAAGUAGAUGAUUUUGUUCCUGAUUAUUACAAAAAGGAGUGCUAUGAAGCAUGCUAUACUCCUGUGAUAUAUCCGGCCAAUGGAGCUACUCUUUGGACCAAGACAUAUGCUGUUGACCUACAACCACCUCCUAUAAAAAGACAACCUGGUAGACCCAAAAAGAAAAGGAACAAAGAGGUUGGGGAACAAGUAAGAAGUGCAACACAACUUAAAA